GCGCGCAGCUCUCCGGUGUUAAAACUUUCCUAAAGGAGACUGCUCUUUCAGCAUCCUACUAAAUCAAUUAACCAAUUUAAUUUGUUUUUGCUGGAACCUAAAGAGGGAUUUAUUGACAUUUCUUUGCCUCUUGUUUUGGCGCAGGACGCGUCUCGGUGCGCACCGGACCAAAAUGGACCGCAGAACGUGUCCGGUGCGUCCGCACUGGUCCUCUGCCGCUCUGUCCGGGACACACUGAAAGAAAUCCUGGACUGAACUUAACACUCACUGUACGUUUUCUUAUCUCCUGUAGUUGACGGGCUGCGUGCCUCCGCUCAGAAGGCACAACAAGACGCGGAGAUUCAUUCCUCAACUCGAGGAGAGGACAUGGACAUACUGUAGCCAGCGCUGACAGAAAAGGAGGAUGUAGCUCGGAAACAAGAGGGACAUCACAAACUGCAAGGACGCAAAGGGAACAAUCGGAUGUCUCCACGGAUGGAGGAGCCAUCGGGAGCAAUCUGGGGUUCAGCAUCUUGCCCGAGGAUACUUCGACAUGCGGACCGGAGGAGCCGGGGGCUGAGCAGCCGAUCAUCUGAUUAGCGGAUGACCCACUCUACCUCUGAGCCACAGCCGCCCACUGCCAAACACAAAAGCAUACGUCAGAUGUUCAGAGCCUUUAUUCUGAAGAAAGUCCAAACAAUACUCCCGUGAAUGCAACAGCAGACUAAGACAGCUGAUCCGAGGGGACUUGUUCCACAUUAAGAUCAAACCAGCAUUCGGCAAUGGCAGAUGGAUGAUGCUGAUCCCUCACUCCGGAGGUGUGGAGUGACAGAUGACAGAGGGAUUGAUACGGCGAGAGAGAGGCAGAAAGAGAGAGGUAACGUCGGAAAGGGUCACCGCCGCCGGUAAUGGAAAACAGCUGCAAAGGUCAGGCACAUCGAUCGGGAGGCGUGAAGAAUCUGUGAUGUAUCGCUGCUUUAUCAGACUGGUUAAAUGGCUCGCCUGCAGUGCUGUUUAGUUUCCUGUGAACUAUGCUGAUACUCUCCCUGAGAGGAGAAGAUAGGAAGCAGACUGUCUAUUACACACCGAGCAGUGCAGAGAUCAACCUGAUCAUCUACUCUGACCUGAAGGAAGAAACUUGCAACACCUUGGAUACAACAGCAAAAGGAUUCACAGCUGAAUGAAGACAUUGAAACUGGUCAGUACUCAUCGGCAAACUAACUGGCAGCGGGAGCAGACAGCAGCCAUGGAUAUGACUAAACCAAUUUUCAGCUCUAAAUUUGAAACUCUGAAACUCUUACUUCCAUCAAGAGGUGGAUGUGACUGAACACCACGAAGCAACAAGGGACUUUUGACUCAGCAUACACCUUGAGAACUUGUCGCCAAUGACUUACUGGCAAGACAUGGGAGAUUCAAACCUCAGGGAACAACUGGAGGCUGUUUGCAGCUAGCAAGACUAUUGAAAUACGAUAUAAACUGAAGAGUACUUGUAGCUAGGUCCUCCCAAUCCCUUCUCCCCUCCCUGUCACUCCCCAUCCCCAAAGUUGCUUGUUCCCUGUUUUCCCCUUCCCCCAGAUCCUUGUUAAUGGUGUUCUGUCGGUAUUAAGAAGUCGAUUUUGGUAGACGCUUCAGAACUCUGUAAAGAAGUCAAUGCUGAGCACAUCUGUCUCACCACCUUCUUCCCUCUGCUGGUGAAGAAGGUGAAUUAAAACCAGCCUCCAAUAGAGUAAGGGUCUCUGUUUGGGAUGGGCGGCCCAGCGAGGGCUCUUCUUGGUGGGUUCAGCACCACCACCUCCUCCCUGGAGGUUGGAGGUCAGAUGGCUUGGCCAAGCAUUAACCCCCUGGACCUCAACCAAACCCUGUCAUGGGGGUUAGGGCUUGGAGGCAGCGGUGGAGGUGCGGCAGCCAUGAGUGCAGGUCUGGAUAAUUUCACCCAGGAGUCUGUCACCAGGGCGGUGAUGAAAGAGAAGAACUGGCCGGCGCUGCUCAUACUCGUCAUCAUCGCGCUGACGAUCGGUGGCAACAUCCUAGUGAUCCUGGCAGUGUCGCUGGAGAAGAAGCUUCAGAACGCCACCAACUUCUUCCUGAGGUCGCUGGCCGUGGCGGACAUGCUCGUAGGCAUCCUGGUCAUGCCGAUCUCCCUCAUCAACAUCCUCUACGACUACGCCUGGCCUCUCCCCAGCGCCCUGUGUCCAAUCUGGAUCUACCUGGAUGUGCUGUUCUCCACCGCCUCCAUCAUGCACCUGUGUGCCAUCUCUCUGGACCGAUACGUCGCCAUCCGCAACCCCAUAGAGCACAGCCGCUUCAACUCCAGAACCAAAGCCAUGAUGAAGAUCGCCGCCGUCUGGACCAUAUCUAUAGGCGUGUCGAUGCCUAUUCCAGUGAUCGGCCUCCACAACGAGGACAAGGUCUUUGUCAACGGCAGCUGUGUCCUCAACGAGGAGCGCUUCAUGCUCAUUGGCUCCUUCGUGGCCUUCUUCAUCCCACUGGUCAUCAUGGUGGUGACAUACUGCCUCACCAUACAGGUGCUCCAGAGGCAGGCCACCGUCUUCCUGUACGAGGCAAAGACUUCCUCCCAGCAGCCUUUGCACACACCAGCAAUGACAAACACAUUGCAGCCUCCACCCAGCACCUUCCACCUUCCUCAGAUCAACACACUCUCUCCUUCAGACUCACAAGAGCUGAAGCCCCCGCCUCCUCAGAGCAGACGGAACACCUUGAGCUGUCUGAAAGGAGCAGAGCCCAGCAUACUGCUCACCACGCCAGACAGCAUAAGCAUCAUUCCCAGCUCGGAGGUGGCGUCUCAGCUCAGCUCGCCGGCCGCGGGGCCAGGGCGGAGCGACACGUCGGGGUGCCACGGGCGACGGGGGAUGAUGCAGGCCAUAAAGAACGAGAGGCGGGCCUCCAAGGUCCUUGGAAUCGUCUUCUUCCUCUUCCUCAUCAUGUGGUGUCCCUUCUUCAUCACCAAUGUUACCUUCGUCCUGUGCCGCGGCUCCUGCAACGAGUCGCUGCUCAAUGACCUCCUCAACGUCUUCGUCUGGGUGGGCUACAUCUCCUCCGGGGUGAACCCUCUCGUCUACACCCUCUUCAAUAAGACCUACAGGAGAGCAUUCUCCAGCUACAUCAGGUGCCAGUACAAAGUCGGGGCCAACGCAGCUGGACAGAGUUGCAAAACCCUCCUGGUCCCCCCGCCGUGCCCGUCGCACGCCGUGACCCCUCUUCUGAUGGGCAGUCACGGGAAAGACGGCAUGGACCGCAAUAGUAACUGUCGCAACGGCGGCAGGGGGGAUAACGGGAGGCUGACGGUGGACCCGGAGGACAUGACAGAUGAUGAAACACAAAUCGGAAUAGUGUCACAGAGCCUCUCCGAAUGCCACAACAUCGGCAUGCUUUCGGAAACAGAGCCGGAAACGGAGGUGGAGCAGGAGCUGUCGCUCAUCAGCUACAGCCCCGCCUCCAGAGAACACACCAGCAGCGUGUGAUUGCGUGCUUUUACUUUGUUGUCUUCUGUUUUUUUUAACCUGCAGACGCUGGGCCGUUUCGAAGCCCACAGCGAUUCUAUAGGCUGUAAACCUGCAGUGGGUGCUUUAAUUGUGGAGGGACUAGUCUCGGUUGAGGAGCCUUAUCCACCACACUGAAGUGCACGACUUACCGCAGUGUGUGAGAGAAAUCAGCGUACCAGAGAAGUUAACCUCUAAGAUGAAAAAGUUUUGGAAUGAAAGCCAAUAUUUCACACGUGUUCGUUUUUUAUUUGGUGUGAAAAUGUUGGUUUUCAGACCAUAAAUGGAGGGUAAAAGCAUGAAGAUGCGCUCUGCAGUCACAAAAUGAGGUGUACUUCAUGGGGACGAAGGUACCAGACAGGGACAAAGUGACAAGAGGCAGCCAGUGAAGAGCUUAUCCUCAUUGUCAACCUGGUAUGAAGUCAGGCGGCCCUCGAUGGAGUCCCACUGAUGCAGGUUACAGAGUCGAGCGCCGACCUCUGGGGUCAAACGACGACUUCAAGCCUUCACACAGAGUCCAAAUGCAGUCCGAGCUCUGGUUUGUGUGGAUUCUCUCCACACCAAGCAAACUACACCAAAUCUAUUUUUGUGCCGGUCAAGCUUGACAACAGUCAUAGAAUAUAUCCGAAUGAACCUUUCCAGCAUGUAUAAUCAAACCAUUCAGCCGACAGAAAUUUGAUUUUUUCUGCAAAGGAAACUUUCUCCAGGCUGCAGCAGUCAAAAGUUUGUCUUUGAGGACCGAGAUGAAGGAAUGUACAAUGGCCACUGGUCUCUGGUGGACUCACAGUGCCAUCUGGUGGUCGCACAACACAGAGAGGUCACUUCCCUUGGAUUGAACAAGGGGGCUAAAAGAGCUAAAAACAUAGCGCAGGCCUUUGGUCCAACACAACUGUCAGGCCCUUGCUUCUGUUGACCAAUGCACCAACUUUGGAAAUAAUUAAAGCCCCAACUUCUAAAGAUUUUACUGACAAGAAUUUAAAAUAAAAAGGAACAAUCUAAAAUUAAACAUGAUUUUUUUAAUAUAAGAGUGCACAAGUGUUCCUCAGAUGUCAUCCUUAAAAGGAACAGAAUAUAUAGAUUUUAUUUAUCAGCUAAAGCUUACUAUCGUUACUGUCAUCAAUUAGCCAGCGUUACCACAGAUUCACCUUCAUAUAAUAAUAUAACAUUAACGUUCCAAGAUCUUCCUCAGUUGCGAUUACACUUACCCAAAAUAGUGGAUAUUCAUGCAUCAGCAGUCACAUUAAUAAAGGAAAUCUCUCUAUGUUUCGCACAUCUAAUGAUGCAAAUUCAGCACAUGCAUCUUGAAAUUGUUGUCCUACACGAGUAGCCAACAAUCAGCCACCUACUUAAUAUACAUAUCAUAUUAUCAGAGUACAUAUCAGAGUAUGGGCAUCAUCUGCGGGCAUAAAUCCAGGCUGUUUGUGAUUCAGAGCACCAUCUCUGAAGGAGACAUUAUUCAAUGAACAGGAGGUUUACCUCUUAGAUAAUGAAGGAUUUUUAUUCAGCCGUUGCAUCAGUGCUUUUCUCUCCAAAAACCACACCAGCCAAAAUUUGCUCAGACAGUACAGUGAAAGCCAAAGAGGACAGAAAGAACAUUUAUGCUUAAAUUUAGGCAUUAAGCUCUGGGUUUAAAUAAGGUCCAUCGGAGCAUUACUGUCACAUGUACGCUCCGAUGACGGUUUUCAGGGUGAACGCGUGCCAAUAUCUCCCAAGAACUGCAGUUCUGACCCCAUAACUCGAUGGUCACAAACUCUUAAAUCAGACUCUUUGAUCUCUGGCUGCUUUACAGUCUGUUCCGCCCACAUUACCGGAGUGUGACUCAAAGACCAAAUAGCUUAAGAUUUCAUCUGUCGCAUAAAAUGGACAGAAAGUCAAUACACUAAAAGACAGACCCCUGACUCAAUCAAGACAGGUCGCCGGCCCUCACAGCUCUGUCACGCUGAUUUUCUCGCCCUCCCUCCUGUUGCGUUUUAUCGACGUCUGACAGACGGCAAGAUUCCUCCACCUCCAUCAGCUGAAAUGUCUGCAAUAUACUGCCUUAGAAAAGGAUUCAAUGUUGUUCGGGUUUUAAAGUUGGCAAACUUAGAUUUCUUUGUAACAGGAGAUGAUGUAGGAGAUUAAACCUAAAACUCGUAUGCAUAUAGCGAUUAGUUAAAUAGAGCUUAAUGGCUGUGUGGAAAAGGACAUACAUUGAGAAAAUUAAGAGAUCACUUAAAGGGGCACUUCACCAGUUUUACACAUCAGGUUCAGUUGACCCGUCUUCUGUGGCUCUGGAGAGCAUUUCCAAAUUAAUGAAAUUACAUGGUGGCGGCACGGUUGGGUUUAAGCGCCAAAACUACGUAUAUGGGCUUAGAAAAAUAUCAUGUUUCAAUUAAGUAACUUCACUUGUUACAUAUGGGGAAUAAAUACAUUGUAAAGUGACCCAAGUAGGUCACAUAACUUGAAGUAACUAUGUACCAAAAAUGAAAAGAAGUCAACAUCGCACCAACAGCAUCCAACAAAUUAGCACCCCAAAAGUGAUGUUAGCGUAGCAUCACGUACUCUGCAAAGUUAGGCUUAGGCAAGUAAAGUGACACAGGUUAGAUUAGGUAAAGAAACAUUGUGACAACAUACCUUAAAGUGUCACGUGGUUCCAAACAUGGUUCUCCUGUCAUAGCGAUGUCCAGUGUGAUCGCACAGAAAUACGUGAAAUGACCAAAACUGUAUCACGUAUUGUGUUAAAAUUACCUGGUGGCAGCACGGUUGGGUUUAAGCACCAAAACUACAUGUUUAGGUUCAGAAAAGUAUACGUUUUGGUUAAAUAACUGCAUUUGUUACGUUUGGAAAAUAAGAACUUUGUAAGGUGAUACAAGUACGACACGUAACCAAAAAUCAAAAGACGUCAGUGGUUCUUACGACAUCCAAUAAAUUAGCACCCCAAAAAUGAUGUUAGCGUAAAGUUACGUACUAAAUGUAAAGUCACGUAGGUUAGGUUUAGGCAAGUAAAGUUACGUAGGUUAGAUUAGAUAAAGAAACAUGGUGAUGACGUACCUUAAAAUACCCCACUGGACAUCACUAUGACAGGAUCGUGUUGUUAAAAGGUUGUUAAAAUAGAUCUAAAUGAACAUUCAAUAAUAUGUUUUACCACAAGAUGGCUGCUCUGCAGUGAGCUAUGUAUGAUUAUUUGGUACUUUGCAGCAUACGCGGUGAACGCAAACCAAUCUGUCCAGGCACUAUUAAACUCUGUGUUUACCUCUGAGUCGGAGUCGCAGGUUGCCCACCGCUGACCUGGGUCUUGACAUUAAUCACCGCCCAUUGCAUGACAUCAUUGAACAUGGUCAUGGUCUUGUAUUUCUAUGAGACCAGGUUGUGAUGUCAUCUUGGUUAUCUCAGCUUUUCACAGAAAGCCUUUCUUAAAGCUGAAGAUCUGAGGUUUGAAAGAUGUGGGCAUUUAGGUGACAGAGAGAUAAUAUUGUGUUGCAUGAUGGGAAUUGUAGUUUCCGGGUGCCUGAGUCAAGAAGUCAAGAUAUCUCAGCCUCUGUUGCUUCAGUUUUGACCAAUCUUUGUUUAAUUUGUCUGUUUUUAGUCCCUCAACUUUAUGGAAGUGUGAUACUAAAUUGCUGGAGUACCCCUUUAAAUGCCAAAAUACCACUGACUGACACACAGUUAAUGACUGAGUUAUCCUCCCAGCCUAGCUAUUACCUUAUUAAAGUAGAUGUCACUUUUCCCAGUGAUCAGUAUUUCAUUUUGGUCAUUCUCCCCUCAGGCACGAGACAGCCAAAUUACAAACAUCUGAAUGUAAACCCUUUUUUUCUCCCAUAAUCCCCUCCUCAAGGUCAAAGAGCAAAGGUCAAAGCCUGCAGUGGACCAAUCAAAUCCAGAGCCUGAGGUCUGCAGCCACCUCUGCAUACAAUUAGAAUGAAACAUAAGAACUGGGAGUCACUUCAUUCUAAUUCUGUGCAUCUCUGUAUAAUUUAUCCACUAUUUGUACGCUACAGACUUACACAGUGGUCAUUCGCACCACUUCUCUCUUCACAAGGAGAGGUCUACAUGAGCUAAUGUUGGCAAGCCGGCAACAACUGAGGUUUGGCCUACAAAUAUUGUGCAUGUUUGAAGUAAUGUUCAAAAGGUCCUCUCUGCCUCACUCAGUUUUGUUUUUGUUAAUACUCGGAAGGAACGAACCAGCGCAGGAAGGAAAGAAAGAACAAACAAAGAGCAAUCAACAAAAUGCAAAUUGCAAACGGCUUGCAGUUCCUGCAGGCAUUGUGUCUUUAUCAAAAUGCAAAAUACCAACAUUGACAACAAAAGAAUAAAACGGAGAAGAGAGGACUCUCUGAACGAAGUCGAAUGUUUGAUCCGUCCAGGUGUGAGAAAGCAAAGAGCUACAGCCAGGCCAGCCAACUCAGUAUGUCGCAAUGUAAUAACUAUAUGUUUCCCGUGUACCUGUGUGUGUACCAGGCCUGGCUCAAAUUGCUAUCUGAGAUUGAUUCAGUAACUUUUCUGGGUUUGUAUCGAUUGUGUCGGGCACAAGGGUUGUUCCAGCAGAUGCCAAUCCUGUCCGGCUCGCGGUCCAGACAGAUGAAAGCAAUCACUCGGAGAAAGUAUCUGGAGGGAUUUCAACUAAUAAUUCGAUCCAGGUUUGGUGUGUAUAGAAAUAGUUGGAGCCAUUUAUUGACAGAGUUUAAUAUCCAUACAUUUUAGGAGGGCUGAUUUAGGCUUUUACCCUCUCCAGGAAUUUGUGCAAGAACUACGUCAGAAAAUUAGUGUUCGAAAAAUCAUCUGGCUCUAUGAAUAAGAUGAGUCAUGCUCAAAUAUUAAGAUAUACACAAGCUUAAAGGAAAAAUCCACCCAGAUAUGCUUCAGCACAAUAUUGAAAAGCAGAUUGUUUUAAAUAAAGCUGGAGCCAGGAGAUGGUUAACCUAGCUUAGCAUAACCACUAGAAGUAGAAGGAAGUGUUAGCCUGGCUGUGUCCGAGUUAAACUAAUACUUACUAACACAAAUUACUAAAGGCAUUCUAUCUUGUUUUUUUAAAGCACACAACGACUGACAAGUUGUGGUUUCAUGGGGAGUUAUUUUGCUGGAACAAUUCCUUUGCCAGGAGCAGUGACUCCCAGUAUAACCACAACUUGUCAACAAGCUAUAACCAUAGGCGCAGUUUGAACUUUACAUUGGGGCUUCACUAAAACAAGGGAAAUGUAGUAUGCACAGUUGAGGUAUGGGUUACACUAUCAGCCAGUGCAUUUUCAUAUCCCAACUACUACACCCAAACGAGUAAUGGAAUAUUGCAAGAAUUACCGUCAUAAAUCCCUUCAAACUUCAGAGCGCACUCUAACACAAACUGUAUUGUUUGUAAAUUCAGAGCACUGUUGAAAUUUAGGCUACCAUUCCGUUAUUCAGAGCACCACACCCCCGAAUAAAAAAAGGAACAGACCAGGUAAAAAAAAACAAAAAAAAAAAGGACGCCAAAUUAAGCAGUUUCAUGUUACAAGUCAGUGUUUUUUCUUCGCUUUUCAGCUUGUUGCGGAGGGGCCUCUAACUAUGGUGGUAGACACGAAAAUGUGAAUAGCCCCGUCUAGAGCCAGUGUUUAGUUUGUCCAUUCUGGGCUACUGUGGAAACAUGGUGGUGCAAUGUGGUGAUCUCUGUAAGCGAAAACUCUCUUAAAACUAUAAAUAUAUGUACAAUAUAUCUUCAUUAAAAUGAAAGAGCUUUGCAGUUUUUGAUAGUGGUAGUUUGUGUAGAAAUGUGCAAAACUGUCCAAGAAAUGUGCAGAGGUUCACAGUAGGAGAUAUGAAAUUCAUCAAAACUUAUCAAAAUUCAUCAAUAGGCCACCACCUGUAACUGCACCAUAACUUUCCUGUUUUGCUGCUAAUCGGAUGGAUUCAGAGCGCUGUUGAAAUUUAGUCUACUGUUGCGUUAUUCAGAGCACCACAUCCUUGGAGUGGCUGAGCAUUUUCUGGGCUCUCUGUCUGGGGUGAUGUAGCAGCAGAGUGCCAAGGACAGUAAAUGUGUUUAAUUUAACUUUUAGUUAAUUCAUAUAGACAUAGAAUUCUCUAUUUUUUUGAACAGCAGCACUAGAGCGUCAGAUUUACGAAUGCACCCAUGGCCACCAGCUAGAGCAGUUGAGGUUGUCUGUCCCAAUUUAACAACUUAUUAAGCAAAUAAAAAGACCACAAAAACGUAUCUUGUUGGUUUCUUAUUGUGUCAACAAGAAGAUGCAAAGUCAAUAUUAUUAUUUAUUUAUUAUCUGUGUUAAAAUAAAAAAUAAAUCCCUACAUGCAUAUUUGGCUAUGGCCACUAGGGGGUGAAGUGAGCCCCCUGAACCAACGCAAACUGCGCCUGUGGAUCUAAUGUUAAUAAGUAAGCUUUAGAGGUUCUGGUGGGUAGAUUUUUUAUCUCUGGACUGAGCAAAACCAGCCGUUUCCCUCUGUUUCCUGUCUUUAUGCUAAGCUAAGCAAACUGACGGCUCCUGUUUACUGCACAAACAUGAGAGUGGUAUCGAUCUUUCAUUAAACUAACAGGCAAAUAAAUGUAUUUCCCACAGUGGCAAACUAUUCCUUUAAUUUUUACUGUUCUGUCAGUGGGAAAGUAGUAAAAUUGAUAACAGAAGUAGCAGGAAAUUGCAGCAGCUAAUCACGAAAUAAGUCGUGUACUGUAAUGCACUAAUAAUAUAUAGCAAUAUUAAAGAAUGUACAAGAAUCCAAGGGUGGAUUUUUCCUUUAAAUGUGAGAUCUGGAGGUGAAGGCUGGUCCAGCGCUUCUUCUCUUCACUCACAAGAUCUUAUAGUUUUGAAAUCUAAAUGUAGAAAUACCUCAUAAGGCAUGACAAACCAGCUUUUCCAUGCCAACUUGGGGGACCUUAAUACCCUAUCAUCCAAACUUAACCUCACAGCUGUCUCGCCAAUCUUCCCAAACAUAUAACUCUGUCACUAAACAGCUCUGAGAAUAGCCAGAGCUGCAGGUUGUUCAAGAGUUUGGCAAACCCAACUUCCCCAGCGCACCCUCCCCUUGCAUUAAACCUUGACUCUUGAACCCUCGAGGUGUCAGCACCCUUUGAUGCUGGUUUGCAUUGACACACACCCAGUUGUCUGGUUUGUCUCGCUCUUGUAUGAUCCGGCGCUCGUGGGUUAGCUAUCUUUUUAUGUGUUGAACCUUCUUCUGUUAUGCAGUGGCUGUUUUUUAUACCAUUUUAAUUGUGAAUGUUUGUCUACGACACAUUUUGAGUUUAUACAAUGAUUGCGCCA